GCCAUGUUAGUGUAUCAGCUGAAUAAAACGGGACUUUGGAAGCCUAGUUUAUUAUACAGUAGCAGUCUACGAAGAACAGUAUAACGAUUUCCUUCCACUUUCUUCGUACCGCUGAUACACAGAUUCCCUUUGUCACCGCGUCUGUUUAUAUCUGUAGGCAAUAAUUCUAAUAAAAAUUUGUGUUGCAAGAAUGUUUUUGUCUUGGUUGAUUAUUUUAGUUGCCACGGCCAUCUGCCUGAUCCAUGUUGUAUCCGUGUGGAGUAUGAACAUCGACGCGUAUGAUUGUAUAGGAGGUCCGACAGACUUUCGCUGUAACGACGGGCGGUGCAUCUUGAAGAAAUGGGUGUGCGAUGGAAGCAAAGAGUGUCCAGACGGCAGUGAUGAACAGGAUUGCCCGGGCCGUGCUUGUACUCCUCAUCAACACGCUUGUGAGCUGUCGCGAUGUAUUCCCUUGGAAUGGCGCUGUGAUGGCCGGAAUGAUUGCGAAGAUGGGACAGAUGAAAAUCCGACCUAUUGCGCCCAGGCCUGUCCUCCUGCCUACUGGAAGUGCGCAAAAAGCCAGAUGUGCAUCCCACAACACUGGCGCUGCGACCUUGCCGCUGACUGUCCGGAUCGCGAAGACGAGGAUAUGUGCCCACAUCUGUAGAUAACUUAUUUACGGGAUUAUAACGCUAAAAGUUCAGAUUAAUUUUGUCGAAUAUACAAUAAUUUUACAGUGGAUAUAUGCAUGCUCUAGCGCGCAGCCCAUUAUGGUUUAUGUUUAAAUUUGCAUCCUUUUUACGGAGUACAAUACAUUACUAGUACAUAUUGCAGUAUUUUCAACAAGCAAUCGCUCAUAAUAACUGCUUAACUGCCUUUUGCUGACCCAAAACUGUACUCAAGGGGUUAACAGUAUUAACCCCUUGAGUACAGUUUUGGCUGACCUAAUACCCAUGCCGCAAGGCACGUACUGUCCCAUGCUCACCGUUUAAGAUUGUGAGUUAUCUCAAUCUCUUCAUUAUU